AUGAACGUUUUCUCACUGUCACGCACAAAAUUCCCUCGCUCGCCAUUUUCGAAAUCCCUCGCGACCUCCUCAUAUCCCGAAAUCGACUCGAUCCAGUCGAUCUCGGAGAACCCCAUUUUCGGUCUCUUGAAGCUAUGCAGAACCCUCUCACGUCUGCAGAAGGUCCACGCACUCCUGAUCGUAAGUGGAGAAGCCCGGGACUCGUUGCUGAAAACCAAAUUAGCGUGGCAGUACGGCGCGUUCGGGCGCCUAGGGCACGCCCGGCGGGUGUUCGAUCAAAUUCCCAACCCGGAUUUCGACCUAUGCAAGGCGAUGAUGAGGCGGUACUUCAUGAGUGACCUGCACCUGGAGGUUAUUGGGUUCUACAGGUUCAUGAGGAGUAGGUUCUAUGUUCUCGACAAUAUGGUGAUCUCGACCGUGCUCAAGGCGUGCACCGAGUUGAGGGAUUUGGUGGAAGGGAGAAAAUUGCAUGGGUAUGUAGUUCAGAUGGGGAGCCCGGAUAGCUUCGUGCUGACUGGGCUUGUCGACAUGUACGCCAAGUGUGGAGAAAUCAGCACUGCGCGUAAGGUGUUUGAAAAAAUACAGGACAGAAAUGUGGUUUGUUGGACCUCGAUGAUCGUGGGCUAUGUGAAGAAUAACUGUGCUAGAGAGGCAUUAGUGUUGUUCAACCGUAUGAGGGAUUGCAUGGUCGAAGGUAACGAAUAUACUUUGGGGAGUAUGAUCUCAGCUUGUGGAAAGCUGGAGUCUUUGCACCAGGGCAGGUGGGUGCAUGGGAACGUGAUCAAGAAUGGUGUUCGGAUGAAUCCCCGCUUGUUUGCUUCGGUAGUGGACAUGUAUAUCAAAUGUGGUUCUGUUUGUGAUGCCCGGUUGUUUUUUGACGAGUUUGGAAUUGUUGAUCUUGUUUCUUGGACAACAAUGAUUGUGGGAUAUGCACAGAAUGGCUUUUCUGAACAAGCUCUGUUAUUGUUCACUGACAAGAACUGGAAAAAUGUGUGCCCAAAUGCAAUAACUUUAUCGAGCGUGCUUUCGGCUUGUGCGCAGUCUGGAAAUUAUUACAUGGGCUCGUUGGUUCAUGGAUUGGGCAUUAAACUUGGACAGAAUGAUAAUAGUGUCAUGAAUGCUCUGGUGGACAUGUACGCAAAGUGUCGUAAAAUAGAAGAUGCUGUUAAUCUAUUCGAGUCCAUGUCAUAUAAGGACGUGGUUGCUUGGAAUUCGAUCAUUAGUGGAUAUUACCAAAACCGGCAAGCUCACAAAUCUCUGAGAUUGUUUGGCCGCAUGAGAUUGGACUCCUUCCGACCCGACGCGGUGACCGUGGUGGCUGUGUUGUCUGCUUGUGCUUCACUUGGUGACAUCAGCUUGGGAUGCUCUCUUCAUGCCUACUCCAUCCGAGAAGGAUUUUUGGCUUCCAAUAGCGUCUACAUAGGCACAGCAAUUCUGAAUCUAUACGCAAAAUGUGGGGACACGUGUUCGGCUCGGAAAGUCUUCAAUGAAAUGUCAGAGAAAAAUGGGGCCACGUGGAGUGCAAUGAUUGAUGGGUACGGAAAACAAGGGAACCCUAAUGAGUGCCUUGCAAUUCUCAACACCAUGCUGAAGGAGAAAGUUGAGCCCACUGAUAUAAUUUUCACCACGGUUUUGUCUGCCUACAGCCACACUGGGAUGAUGAAAGAGGGCUGGGGGUAUUUUGGUAAAUUAUGCAGAGAAUACGAUUUUGUGCCCAAGGCAAGGCACUACUCAUGCAUGGUGGAUUGGCUGGCACGAUCGGGGAAUCUUGAGGAAGCCUUGGAGUUUAUCGAGAAAAUGCCAGUUGAGCCUGAUUGUGCUGUUCUUGGGUCUUUUCUCCAUGGCUGUAGUUUGCACUCGAGAUUCGAUCUUGGGGAUAGGGUUGUCAGAAAGAUGCUCGAACGUCAUCCUGAUGAUCCUGGCCAUUAUAUGCUUAUGUCUAAUUAUAGUGCCUCUAAAGGGAGAUGGAGCCAGGCAAGUGAGUUGAGAGGUUUGAUGAGGAAAAAGGGUCUGAAGAAGCAGAUUGGGUGCAGUCGGGUUGGUUUGUGUAGUGAUGAGGUGUAUUCUCAGAGGGCAGCAACUGGUUAG